AUGUCAAGUACCUCAGACAUGGACGAGAUGGUUGAGAACCGCAAGAAGAUUGAGAAAGUUUUACAGCAGAGGUUGUCUGAGCUGUUGAAGAUUCUGACCGACAGGGAGAUCCGCAAUCUGUCCAACAAGGGGAAGAUACACAGGUUUGACAAGGAUCAAGUCAUAUCAGCGCAUGGGGAGUUGGGAGACAGCUUGAAGUGUGUGGUGUCUGGUUCCCUCGAAGCCUCUUCUAUCUACGGCCAAGGAGCGAACGAGAUCUCCCAGCGCGAGCUGACGCUGGGGAGGGGGAACACGUUCGGGGAGGAGGCGAUCUUAGACAUGCCGUGUGUCAUGACCGUGAAGGCCCUGGGACCCUGUGAAGUUUGCUACAUACAUGUUCAACACUUCCGAUCUGUGAUAGGAAAGAACGCGGACGUGAAUGCAGUGCUCAGGAGCUCUCUGACUUGGCAGGAGAAGCACAAAUCUCCUCUUCAGAUCCUCGCCCAGCGCAAGUGUAAGCUGUUAGAAAUUAUGUCCGACGAUGCGAUCAAAACUUUGUCCAAGGAGGUUGAGAAGAUGUAUAUUGAGUCAGACACGUUGCUCUGCUCGCAAGGCGACGACGGCGACAGCAUGUUCAUCAUCAUCAAGGGAUGUGCUCGGGCUACCUGUACCCGAUCCAUCGCGUUCCAAGAUCCAACGACCAAAGAAAAUUUGACGAAGACAAUCGAGCUGGAGACGCAGGUCUACAAGGAAGGUGACGCCUUCGAAGACGCAUGCGUUGCUUUGGGCCAGCAGCGAAUAGCAACAGUCCUCGCGCUGUCAGGAUCUUGUGUAGGGGUUUUGAAGAGAGAAUCGAUGUCUAGAGCUCUCAUCAGCAACGAGCUCAUCAACUCCAUGAAGCAAUUCUACGAGGGCAGCUCCUCAGAAACCUUCAUCGCGGAAGCGUUGAUGCUCAGGAGCCCAUCGGCCUUGUUCCCGAUGCUCGAUCAUCGAGAGCUGCGGAUGCUCGCGCUGGGGUCGCAGAUCCAAGUCUAUCCUGAGAAUGCGAUUCUCAUCCAGCAGGGGAAGACCAAUCACAACAUCUUCCUCAUGCUGGAGGGAAGCGCUGCGAUCCAUGUGAGCUCCCCCUCCGAGGGCUACCAGGAAGUCGCACGAGUGAGGGAUGGGCAAUCCCUGGGCGAGGUCAGCCUCAUCUUGGGCUCUCGAGCAACCUCGACGGUCACGUGCACCCAACAAAGUUUCGUGGUUGAGAUCCCCUACGAACGAAUCGAAGGCGUCAUCCUUGCUCGGCCAGACAUAGUCGACCAGAUGUUCCAGCUGAGAGUCAGCUGUCAAGAGAAAGGGUUCCUGUUAGAGAUGAUCGGCCUCUCCGACAGCUCCCUCAACGACCUCAACAUCACCAACUUCCAGGCCGUGGGCGUCAUGGCGUCGACCUACCUCGAGCCCCCCUUCCUUACGGAGUGGGAGGGCCUCACGGUGCAGAUCGUUGAAAUCUCUCCUCCGAUCUUCGAUGGCUCCGACUCGAAGAGGGGCAGAUAUCAGAGGACGAGCGACGUGCUGGAUCAAAAUGACUUUAGAACCAUCUACAGGUGCCUUGAUACCGAGACCAACACCUUCUUGGCAUGGAACGAGCCGAACAAGGCGACAGGAAAGGAAGCGAGAGGGUCGAAGGACAUACUGGAGCAGGUGCAAGGCUCUUCCUGCCUCCCCCUGCUUACUGAGGAGCAGAUGGAGUCGAGUGUUGGGCUGUCUCAGACGGAGCUUGAGUCCAUCACCGGCAUCAGCGCCUGGAAGGCCCUCAUGCCCUGGGAGAGCGAGAAGCCUGUGGACUGGGAGGAUGCGAUCCCAGAGGAGUACAUGUCAGCGGAGAUGCUCGAAGAGAAGAGGAGGCGGGAGAGGACGGUCUACUUCUCUCCAACGCUCAUCAAGUGA